UCAGAUGUCGCUGUUUCAUUUUCAUUCGAACUACUGAUGUGACUGUGGCGGUUUAACCCUCUGGCUUAGGUCCUUUGUUUAAAAUGUGAUUUGUCUUUCUUUUAACCCACCCAAACAUCAUUAAAUUUAGUUAUGGAAGAGAAGGUGAUAUCGUCAGCAUCUAGCACUUACCAAAACGUCAUCCCUCAACAAAAAAACGUUCCAUUGAAUCAUUCGUUAGAUUACAGUUCUCCCAAAAGAGGACAGUUUGUAUGGAAAAAUGGAAGUAAGAACGGUUUAAAAAGCAAAGAUCCUUACGGAUCGAAUCUUUAUCCUUCUCCUUUGGAUAGGAUUAGAACCAAACGUCAGAUGGGAGUGAUCAAUGAAACAGAAUCCAAAGAAAGUUUUAAACUUGUGCAUUCUUCUUGCAAGACUCCAGAUCCUGAUGAUAUAAGUCCUUUAGAAAAGUUUAAAGGAGAUAGUCUAUAUUCUUUUUGUUAUUCAUAUUCGCAGAAGAAAGGAAGCUAUUCACAUUCCAAUGAUCACAUUCGUUCUCUUAGUAGUAGUUGGGUGUUUUAUAAUUACGUCGGAACUCAACCAAAUAUAUCCUUUGCCGCAUGUAUCCAGAAUCCAAAUAAGGCAGUCUUAACUAUUAACAACAGAACAACCGAAAUUCUUGUAGCCAACAAAACUGCUUGUCAAUUGUUAGGUCUGAGUGAAUUUAAAUUAAUCGGAAAACGUUUAUGCAAUUAUUUAACAUUUGGAAAUGGAUACUAUUUAGCUAAGGAGACUCAAUUAGAAUCAACUGGAGAAGUUGUCAUUAUCUCAGGAAAAGUGAUGGAACUGAUUAAUUCUUAUAAAGAAACGAUGCCUGUUUCGGUUUGGAUGAAAAAGUUAUCGUCUAAAGAAGAACUUCGUUGCUUAGUUGUUAUGGAACCGGUUGAGCGCACAGUUGCUAAAUUUUCGGUCGGUUCGGAUGGAAAAAUAAUUGCGUGCGAUACUACUAUGUCCAUGUUGUUUGCUUAUACGACUCCAGAAGAACUAAAAGAACUUAAUAUUAUACAACUCAUUCCGUCUUUAUCUCUUCCAUUAUUGAAUACUCAAGAUAAAACAUCAAACGGUAUGAAAAAGAUAGAAGCUUCGGGCCGAACUCGUAAUGGAGCAUAUUUUCCAUUGACUGUAAUGUUUAAGCAUGAAUGUGAUAACAGUAAUGAUAUUUCAGAUGAUAAGGUAUUAGCAAAUGUAAUAUAUAGUGGAGUAAUUUGGGUUUUUGCAAAUAUAAGUGGUAUGAUAACUAUACUUCCAAAUGGCACAAUACAUAGCUGUAAUACUAACUUUUCACAAAUGUUAUUUGGAUUUUCACAAGAAGAGUUAAUUGGAAAAAACAUUACUGUGUUGAUUCCUAGUUUUUAUGAUGAUCUUGAAUUCUUGGACACUGAUUCGAUUCCUCUUCCUCCGCUUGAUGACGAUGAAGAGGAAGAUGAUGAUGAUGAUGAUUCUCGUAUAAAUUGUAUUUCUGAUGGGCGUAUAACUGCAGAUUCUUUGAACAUGGAAUCACGACCUAUGAAUCCUAUUGGUAAACAAGUAGAAUUGGCAAUUGAAAGUUCAAUAGAUGCAUUUCAUUGCCUCACUCUUAAUAGUUCCUGUUCACCAAGUCAAAAUUAUUCCACUUGUUCCUUUUCUUCUGAAAAUGCUGAAUUGUUACAGAAUAAAAUGCAUUUGUGGGAAAACAAAAUUGAAAAUAGUCCUGAUAAAGUAAAAUAUAAUGAGGGACAAUGUACUCUGCAAUCUCAUGUAGAAAGUGAUAUAAAUGAUAAUAUUGCUUGCACAUCUCAUUUAGAAGUCAAUCCAAAGCAUAUAUACUGUGAAUCUGAAACUGAUGGUGUUAACUAUGCACAAAAUAUUUUCCAAGAUAAUCAUAGAAGUGAAGAAUUAUAUUCUAAGAAAGAAGAAAAUCCAAACAGAUCUCGAUCAGAACCCACACUAAAAGAAUGUACUAGUAUUUCAAUGACAAUUACCUCAACUCCAAGAGAAUCAUUAAUUGACAAGUUGACUCUAAUAGAGAAUAAGCAUAUAAGCAAUGAAUCAUUACAUAGUUUUCCAGAAGGAAAUUAUUUUGGUUUAGGAAAGCAUAGAGAUGGCUGUAAGUUAGCAAUUACUUAUCAAAUACGACGUAUAGAAUUAGAUAAUGGACAAGUGGUAUAUUGUUUAUGGGUAUCUAGAGAUGAGGAAACAAAUGAAGGCCAUUUUUGCAAUUUGUUAGAUACCAGUGUGAGUAGUAUGAGUGGAUUUACUAUUGAGCCAUCUAAAUCUGUUUUAGGAUCAUCAUUAACAGAAAAAGGAAAUCUUUCUUGUAAUGCAGAUUAUACUGGAUCUGAAGUAAAUGAUUCUGUUUAUACUUCUGGUGCUUAUUUUCAAGACUAUACUAUAUUACAACAAAUUGGUAAAGGAGCAUUUGGAUGUGUGAAAAUGGCUUACAGAAAUUCAGAUAAAUUAUUAGUAGUAACCAAAUUUAUAAGGAAAUCCACAGUGUAUCCAGAAUGCUGGGCAUAUAAUUCUGUCAUGGAGAAAGAGGUUCCAUUAGAAAUUAGUUUGUUAAUAACACUAAAACAUCCAAACAUUGUUGAAGUUAUUGAUGUAUUAGAAAAUGAUGAUUAUUUUCAAAUGGUUAUGGAAAAACAUGGAUCAGGAAUGGAUCUCUUUGAAUUUGUUGAUCGUAGUCCUAGUCUAGAUGAGCCAUUGGCCAGUUACAUAUUCAGACAAGUUGUGUCUGCACUUGUUUAUCUGCAUAAUCGCAAUAUUCUGCAUCGUGACAUAAAAGACGAAAAUAUUAUAAUGGAUCAUCAUUUUCACGUUAAACUUAUUGAUUUUGGGUCAGCAGCAUUUAUGCAAGAAGGCCAUUAUUUUUCAACUUUUUGUGGCACUAUGGAAUAUUGCAGUCCUGAAGUCUUGAAAGGAAAUAAAUAUGCUGGUCCAGAAUUAGAAAUGUGGGCAUUGGGUGUGACAUUAUACACACUUAUAUUUGGAGAAAAUCCUUUCUUUGAUGUCGAUGAAACCAUAGCUGCAGUGUUACAGCCACCAUUCCAAGUAUCUCAAGAUUUAAUGUCGUUAAUAACUUGGCUUCUAAAUCCAGAUCCCUCUGCACGUUGUACACUUGAGUCUGCUGCAAAUCAUAAUUGGACUAAUCAGUUUGUGGAUAUACAUAACUAUAAGUUUGAAGAUAUAGUUUUAUGCAGUGCAGAAGAAAUAAAUCCAGCUAAUUAUUUCGAAAAUCCAAAAUCUGAAUAAAAUAGUGCAAUGUGAUAAUGUAUCCUAGUUAUUGCCUAGAUCACAUCUGCUUCCAAGUUUAGAAAUGAUAUUAGAAAGUAUAUUAAAUGUUGAUUAUUAUUUUUUUUUACAGUAUAUUUUAUAUGACUUUAUAAUUAUACUUUAUCAUUUUUAAAACAAGUGUUUUAAUAUUUAUAAAAUUUCAUGAGUAUUGUUCAUAACACGGAAAAUGAUUUUCCAAACUAUACUUUGCUAUGGUUCAUUGUUUGUAUCCAAUUUUUUAACAAACAAAUUUUAAAGCAAAGAUUGAACAAAAGUAUUUAUCAGUAUUAAAAAAAUUUGUA